AUCGCGUUGUCCUGCGGUGGCCGUGGUGCUCGUGGGCCACACGCCGUCCUCUAACAUGAUGUGGCACCUAGAACCAAGCCUACUUAGAACUAGAUGGAUUAGCGUCUGUGUUACACUGCAUCACGGCGUCAUGGGGUGGCACACUGCAAGCUAACUUCUCCCCGACAGCACCGGGAGGAGACGCGCAGACAAUGUGAAAACCGAGGAUGGUCCCCGGAUGAACCAGAUAGGCCAUGACACCGUGCAGAGCAUCGUGGCCCUCGUCGUCGAGGCCAUCCUAUGGACUAUCUAUUUCGUCCUUGUUUUCAAAGCUGGACUCAUCCUUCUGAGCCCGAAGUCGCGGUCCAGCAUCUCCAUCUCGAUCUUCAUCGUUAUCGGGCUUAUGUUUUUACUGGACACUGCGACGUCCAUCAUCGACGUGAACAACGCCAUCCGCGAGAUCACAUUCACACUGACCUCGACCUCACCGGAGUCACUCGCAGACAGAUACGAGCUAACUGACAACUUGCCUUGGCCCGUUCAGAGCGCGCUCUACGCAUAUAUGUCGAACUUGGGCGACAUUAUCAUCAUAUGGCGCACCUACGCAUUCUGGCGAUACGGCCGAGAGCGAUGGGCGCUCGCCGUGCCCAUCUUGUUCUUGGUUGGCUCUUUAAUAACUUCGGGGUUGAUCUCGUUCUGCGCAGCACGCGUCGUCCAAAACCCCGGUGCGGGCGACUUCACAAACCCACCGUUCUGCAGAAACGUACAACUGUCGUCAUAUGUGACUACAUUGGCGACAACUGCGGUGGCAACUCUGAUGAUUUGCUACAAGACAUGGUGUGGUGUUCGGUCCCUGUCUGAACUAUCAGUCACUCAAUAUGGCCUAUACAGGGAGUACCGCCAUACCAUCGGCGCCCAAGUCAACCGGAUGAGGAGUAGAAAGACCCGUGUCGAGCGGAUAAUGACCAUCCUCGUCGAAUCCGGGAUCCUCUACUUCCUAUUCUUCCUGGAGGCUGUGGUGACAGACAGCGGCGAUAUCGGCGAAUUGGAGGGCUCGACACCGCAACUGGCUUUCGCGAGUACGGUAUGGACCUACAUGACGAGCCACAUCCUGGGCAUAUACCCAGUGGUCAUCGUCAUCCUCGUGCAUUCGCACAAGUCUUACAUCGAUGACACAACAACCACUGUCGCAAUCGCGACCCCUGGCACGGCAAGCUACAGCAGCCCGGCGAGCUCACGGGCUUACUGGGGCAGCCGGCGUACCCUGCCCAAGACCCAUCAGGCCCAUGCUGUCGAACUCGACGCCCUGGACUCCCCUCCGGUCGCGAAGCACGCAAUCCGAACGAUAUCGGAAGGCACAGCCAGUGCUGCCGAUCUUACGUUUUCACCGGAAUUCAAGGAGGAUUCCGAAAAGCUCGCUUCAAGUACUGUAGUCUGAAUCUUUCCCUUCUAGCUAUAUGUCUUCACGAUCAUCUAUAGGUAUCUAUGUACUAUCAGCUCCAUUGUAUACGAAUUGUAAUGUAACCACUACCUCUGUUUACUAUAAUAACGGGCAAUCAAUCAUUUGUGUAGGUCGGUGUA